AUGGGGAUGCUGGGCGUGCAUGGCGAGAUUGUCUGGAUCCUGGUGGCGGCCCGUUUGAUCUACCGCGUCGCAGCUCCGGGCAUGUCUCGUGACUGCGGUGCUUAUCUUCCGGCCGUGUCUCCGACGGCGACCUCGCCCUUCCUCACCUUCAUGAGUUUUCAGGGAUGGGAGAUGAUGAUUCCUAUGGCGUUCUUAGCAGGCACUGGGGUGCGAGUUUCUAAUGAGCUUGGCGCGGGCAAUGGAAAAGGCGUGCGGUUUGCGACGAUCGUGUCGACAACGACCUCCUUUCUGAUCGGCCUCUUCUUUAGCUUGCUGGCACUCGCGUUCCACGACAAGAUCACACUCGUUGUUUCAUCAAGCAAAGCUGUGAUCGACGCCGUGGACAACCUCUCCGUUCUGCUAGCCAUUAGUAUCCUCCUAAAUGGCGUCCAACCAGUCCUUUCCGGAGUUGCUGUUGGAUCAGGGUGGCAAGCACUAGUGGCUUAUAUAAACGUAGGAAGCUAUUACAUCAUUGGAGUUCCUGUUGGACUUCUGCUGGGUUGGCUCUUCAAUCUGGGAGUUCUUGGGAUUUGGGCAGGGAUGAUCGGUGGCACUGCAGUUCAGACAAUAAUUCUGGCGUACAUUACCAUGCGAUGUGAUUGGGACGAAGAGGUCAUUUCUUUGUCCGGCCCUCGGUUUUAUAGUCAAUCAGUCAUCAUAACAUUGACUUGUUGAAAUUAUGCAGGCUUCUAAAGCAAGUAAACACAUCCAAAGAUGGGCAGGCUCGAAAUGAGUUGGAGUGGCAAUGCCCUCAUCUCAAGGAGCGGUUGAUGAAGAUUAUCCUAGAUGGCCAUUUUCUGAAUGGAAGUUUUAGUUGAACCAACGUCGUGUAGUAUCAAGAUGGAUCCGUACGUGAUCCUUACCACACCAUGCGGAAGUGUGGCAGCUUAUGGACUAUGGGUGCAAUCAAUGAGAGAUGGUAGCAUGAGACACGUAUAACCAGUUUAUAUGACGGUUCAAAUAUUAGGCUAUGUGUGUAGGCAUAUGUUUAUAUUUUCACGUUAUUUGCACUUGUUGUACUUUAGUACUUGAACUUCGUACUCUGACUUUAAUAAAGUUGUGUGCAUCACAAUGGUGGGGGUGAUCCUCCUUUUCUUAAAAAAAAAUACUACCAAGAUGGGCAUGGCACGAGUACCUCGUCGCCUCACAAAGUAGUUUACAUGAAACACGAGAUUAGGGGGAAACAUUGAGACAAAAAAGGCCAAAAGAAAGGGAUCCUCUCUCUUUCUUGUGUUAAAUAUGUAUUCUAGCUUUUUAACUUUUCCCUUUCUUAACCAUUUCUUCAACUUUCCAUCCUCUAUAUUAGGCUCAUAUGUGCCAUAAUGAAAUGUUUGUGUUUUUUCCAUGAAAUGUAGCAGCACUACUUUUCAGUUUCCAUUCAUUAAGAAGAGGGAUCGAUAGAGCCAAGAAAUUACAUGGGAAAACAAGGAUGAGAAGAAAUAGAUCACACCACAUAAUACACAAAAGAGAAAAGAUAAGUUGGGUCGAGGCAACAACAGGGCAAGUGCUGAAAAGAAAAGAAAAAACGGGAGUGCCAUCAUCUUCCAUCAUCCUCACGAGAGGUUGCACGUGAAAAACCACCAUCCUAGACGAAGAGCUCCAAUCAUCCGAGGCCAUGAUGCCUCAAGGCUAUUGGCGCAAUCGAACGGCAACGAGCAACCGAGUCCACACCCUGACAAAGACACACACGCAGCCUAGGUUAUAUCACAACAACGGCACCGCCGCGAAGCCGAAGGGCAUCAAGGAGCCAAGCCCACACCUAGAUCG